UGCUCUCGACAUCGAACGAGAAAUUUCAGCACACCAACCUGCAUCCGCGAUCACAGCCCCUCAGACGCGUAACACCCCAGGAUCUUGGCGUCAGGACACCGCUCCCUUAUGCUAUUCUCACUCUGAGCUUCUUCUAGCACUUUGCCGCUCGCAUUUGCACCCACUCAACAUUUCAGACUCUCUCUGGGUUCUUGGGCGCACGGCGCCGCUCUGCAUCGAGCGAGGAAGCAGCACUCCUUGUCCUCGAGGUUCGUGCGUUCAAGAUGAAUACCAUCUUUGGACGUAACAAAGGUCGCUCGCGCGUGCCAACAAACGAGAGCUCUGGGUCUUAUAACUCGUUUGGUCCAUCUGGUCCCUCGAGCCCCUCCCAUCAAUCAGGUUACAGCACCGCUGAAGUCAUAGGAAGCAACACGGGCCCUAGGAUGCAAGUGGGGCCUCCAAUGCCCGUUGCAGCCCCAAGGAGUAGUGCCAUGUCAUAUCUGCAAUCAGAUCCAAUGGCCGGGGGCUCCCAGCGAUCGAGAUCAAGUCGAGGAGAUCCAGACGAUUUUGGCGCGCACUCGAGCGGAUCCUCGCCCAGCUCCUUGCACAAGCGCACUCCGUCGGGCGCUUCUGGCGGCAGCUCUCGGUAUACAGGCCCUCCUGUUUCCGACUACGGCACCAGAUCCUCCAGACUGACAUCAUCCACCACAUCCAGCUCUGCGCACCUGGGAACACAUGACAUCUUGAAUCGCAUGUCGAUAGCCAGUGCAGCGUCAGCUUCGAUAGGGCAGCCAAUCUUCAGCUCAGAACACCACCACACCCACAUCCCUGCCAUGCCACCCACUUCUCGCUCGCAUUCGAGCGUGUCCUCCCAGAGGGGGGCUGGUGGCUCAGGUCCUGCGCCAGGCUCGCUGAAUGCGUCCGAGUUCUAUUUUGCGCGUCCAGACGACGCCGAGGUGGAGCGUCUCUUUGCGGAUCUAAUGGACAAGCGAGACUUUCUCAAUGUACCCGGAGGUAAUCUUACUGACGAGCUGAAGGAGCAAGCGCGGCGGAACAUGCUCAGCUUUGCGCCGGACAAGAAGUGGCAGCUCGUCUACAACGACAGGCUGACGGAGUGGCAUGGCGAACGGGAAAGGGAGAGAAAUCGCAGGCACGCUGGCUCUGGCGCGUAUGGAGGUCCAGGAGGCGCGAGUGCCUCAAUGGGCAUCGCUCGCAACACUCCAGAAUGGUUCAUCAAGAAGUUUAUGGACGGGACUGUGACGACAAAGCACAUCGAAAGCCUGGCCGUCACUCUACGAACGUGCGCCAUCGGGUGGAUCCAGGGCUUUGUAGAAGCUAAGGGAACUCCAGUACUUGCUAGCUUCCUCAAUGGCUUGCACUCUAAGGGCGUCAAGUCGGAUACCGAUUUGGCCCUAGAAUACGAGGUGCUCAAGGCCUUUAGAAGUCUCUUCAACUCGAAGCCGGGCGCCAAUGAUGCGCUUGCUCAACCAAAGUGCAUCAAUGGCAUCGCACACUCGAUGGUCUCUGCUCACUUGGCGACUCGUAAGCAAGCUGCAGACAUUCUGCUUUUCUUGUGCCACUGGGACAAGCCCACAGGUCAUCGUCUCGUGCUACGAGGCUUCGACGAACUCAAGGCCUUCAACUCGGAUCACGGCCGCUUUGACGCCUGGUUCCGGGUCCUAGAGCAGACCAUCGAUGGCAGAGGGACUCUGGGAAGUCGCGUAGGAGCCAGCGAAGAGAUCAAGAAGCUCAGUCUAGCCGGUCCCAACGGCGCCGCUUUGGACUCCUCGCUCAACGAGUAUGCCAUCAACAACAUGUUCCUCAUCAAUGCAAUACUGAAGGAGGAGAUUGUACCCGAGUUCGAGGUGCGCGUGCAUCUGCGCAACCAGAUGGAUGCGAGCGGCCUGCAGCGCAUCUUGAUCAAGAUGAGAGCGUUCAAGAAUCCAGACCUGGAUAGUCAGAUCGGCCAGUACGAGAAAGGCGCAGAGGCGGAUCACGAUGACGUUGUGGAGAACUGGAACAAGGAUGUGCUGACGGAUAUGUCGGACCCCGUGGACGUCUUCAAGGCUGUGGUAGAGAAGAUAUCCGGCUCGAGAGCAUACGACUUUUUCCUUUCGGCGCUACAGCACUUGCUUUUGAUCAGGCAAGAGGGAGACGGCCUGGUACACCAUUAUCAGCUCAUUGACUCUAUGAUAACGUCGGUGGUGAUGGACAGGAAUGGAGCAGUCGAGAGCAACGACGUCAGCUCGCUACUUGGCACCAGCGUCAAUUCCAUACUUGCGCGCUUUGCUGAUCAAGAGCAGCAAGCUACAAUGCAAGCGGAGCUUGCGCGGACGAAGGCACGAUUGCGAGAGCAAGAAGAAGAACGGCGUCGCUUGGAGUCACAGCUCAAUCAAGGCAGCCAAGGUCUGAUUGGCGAGCUUCAGCGUCGCAUCGAGAUCCUUGAGGAGGAUCUUGCACUUGCGCGAGGCAACACGUCGGCCGCCCAGAAUGAGAUGGAGGACAUGGAGAAGGCAUACGUCGAUAGAGUGGUGGCCCUUGAGAUCCAAAUUCGAGAGCUAUACGACAUGCUUCGGGAAGCACAGAUGGAAGGUGGCGUAGCUGAUCCUGCGGAUAAUCCUGGCAGUCUGGAUCGUAAGCACCUAGUUGAGACGCUCGAGAAGCAACUUGAAAGAAAUCGAACUAUCAAGAAGCUCGAAGCAAACGCUCGCAAGAAGCCGCUCUCCACUGCCGGGGCACCGCCCUUGCCCGAGACACGUGAGGCUGAGGAGGCUGCUGCUGCCUUGCAAGAAGAGGAUCGCAAAUCUCGUCAGCGAAUUUCUCGAAGCGUGCGGCGCCAAUCUCGCGCGAACAGUCGCAGUGCCGCGGCCGCUGCCCUCGAGGAAGCCGGAGAAAAGGCCACUGAAUCGGCGUUGGGCGAGAGCAGCGACGAGGACCUCGACCCGCAGAGCGACGCCGCGAAGUGGAAAAUUCAAGCUACUCUUGCUGCUGGAAUGGCCCGCAACACCGAGUUGCAGGGCCGGAUGGCGGAUGCCCGAGCCACGCGACGCAGGCGAGGCACGGGCCAAGCCAGUGACUUGAUCGUGCCGGAACAAUUGCUGCCCGAGCACCCUGCUUUGUCGCCUCCGACCUCUGCAGCUACCGUCACGGAUCAUGCACCGCGCGAAGAUGCAAGCUUCCCAGCGCCUCCUGCGCCUCCUCCUCCCCCUGCCGUCACGAGCGAUGGCCCGUCACUUUUGGAUGAAAUCAGAAGGAGAAAGGGCACUCCGAAUCGGACUGCUGCCACUCCAGCGCAGGAGCUCGCUCCUUCGCCAAUGCCUGCCCAUGCGCAGCCUGUUUUGAGCGACAUGGGACCGCCUGCGGUCCCAGCUUCUGCUGUGGGGCCACCUCCGCCUGCUCCACCCCCUCCGCCGCCGCCGCCACCACCACCCGCACCCGGUAUGCUCGUCCCGCCCGCAUCGAGAGGCCAAGCAGGACAAGCACCACCGCCCCCGCCUCCGCCGCCUUUGCCAAGCCCUGCACAGCUGGCGGCCAUUCCGGCCACUCCACCUCCACCUCCGCCUCCGCCUCCUUCCGCCUCUGUGCUCGGCACGCCAGUGUCCGCAUCGUUCGCGACCGAUCCCACUCGAGACUCGCUCCUCGAUGUGCGAGCAAGUUAUGCAGGGUCUGGACUCGUUGGUCCUGCUCAUGCACCGCCAGCGCCUCCCCUGCCUGGGGGACUCUACGCUAAUGCGGCACAUCGCAAGGAAGUGAUGGAGAUGGCCAGAACACGUAUGAAGCAGUUGCAGUGGGACAAGCUUAAUCCACAGCAUGCCGCAGAGACUGUCUGGGGUACCACCAAUCAUUCAGACGAGGCCAAGCUGACCGAAAUGUUGCGCGAGCAGGGACUCUUCGAAGAGAUGGAAGAGGACUUUAAGGCCAAACAGAUCGCGAGGCGUGCCACUCAGCAGAAUGGAGCUGCAAAGAAGGACAAAAUGGAGUUCAAGACGCAUCUCAGUCUUCAGACACGGCAGGGUAUCGAGAUGGUGCUUCGACGCAUCAAGAGCAGCCUCACUGGUGCCAAGCAUGCGACUCCCGAGGAAGUUGCUCACCACAUUGUCAAUUGCGACGAAGCGGUGCUGGACGAGAGCUUCUUGACCGAACUCUUGAGGCACUAUCCCGAAAGCGAGACCAAAGGACAGCUUGGCGAGUACCGAAAUGCGUCUGAUGAGGAUCUCAGACUUUUGCAUCCCGCCGAUCGUCUUGUCGUCCUAUUGAUGACGGUACCUCAUUUGAAGGAAAAGGUGAAAGGUCUCCUCUUCAUGACGCGAUACCGCGAGGUGUUUGAUCUCAUCAAGGAGGGCUCCACACGCAUACGUGACGCAUCGGAAACGCUGGUGCACGCCACGAAUUUUGCGCGUCUCCUGACACUCAUUCUGAUGAUGGGUAAUUACCUCAACGCGAAUGGUGUGCAGGGCGGGGCGUUCGGCUUCAAAAUCUCGAGCAUCAACAAGCUUGUGGACACGAAGGCCAGCGACGGGACUACGCUUCUGCACUUUGUGGAGCGGACCAUCAACAAGUGUUUUCCAGAAGUAGAGUCAUUCCUCGAGGAGCUCGACAAACCCUCUGAGGCUUGUAGAGUGCAACUGCUUGACCUAAAACGAGACCUCGCGGAGCUCAAGUCGGGCAGUCUUCAGCACAAAAAGGAGCUCGAUCGCUUUCUGGACGAAGCGGAGGAGCGCAUCGAAGACCCGUACACCAAGCUCAUGCUGCCAUUCCUCAACGAGGCUCAUCAGCAUUUGCAGCGCCUCUCCGAUCAAGUCACGAUGACGGAGCGAACGUAUGGAGAUGCACUCAAGUACUUUGGAGAAGGUCCCGAUCCUCGUCGGCGAGGUUUCCCGGCCCAGCAACCAAUGCGCACAGAAGACUUCUUUGGCAUCUUCCGAGAGUUUUGCACAGCUUAUCGCAAGAUCAAGGCUGACAAUGUCAGAAUCGGCGAGCAGAGAGCCAUGGAAGCCAAGCGUAGAGCAGCGGCAGAAGAACGCGAAAAGGAGAGGCAAGAAGCUCUUGCGCGCAAGGAAGCAGGGGUGGACGAUAGCGCCGUCUUGGAGACGUUGCUUGGCACUCUGCGCUCUGGUGGCAUGCAACCCAAGCAGAAGCGUAAAGCUAGAGCUCGACGAUCUGCCGCCAAAGAAGGCUCGCCAUCGACCCCUACUGCGAUCGAAGGCAAUCCGUCGGAUAUCGCAGCAGCCAUGCUCGCCAGGCUACAAGGAGACGGCGGUGGAGCUCCCUCACCUACUAGCACCUCGUCUGCUAGCCGGUUGGUGCGCAGAAGAGACAGGCGAGGUGCUAAUCGCAGUUCUGAUCAGCUCAAAGAUGCAUCGAGCCCCGUCCUACAGCAAGCCACUGAUCUGGCAAAUCGAGGAGAUGCGCCAACGGUCGAUGUGCCAGAACUUGAAGAACAACCUGAUCAGGAUCACGAACUGGUGGAGUCUGCGGAGGCCUCGCCUACCACAGAGUACGCUUCUGGGGAAGACGAAGAGGAAACGGGUGGCAGAGAGGAGCAAGUGCAGCCUGCCGCGGUUUUGUCUGAUGACGCAGCGAUUGAAGCCGAUAUGUCGACUGGCAGCGCUGGACAGUUGGCAGGGCUUGAUUGGGUCGACCCAGACGUGAGCGGAUUCAGCACCACCUCUGCGCCUCGAGCUUCGACACCGGAUCAGACAGUCAGGCCUUGAGGCAUAGGGCAGCCUUGAGCGUGCUUUGUCUCGCAAUGCUCCAUCUUCCAUUACCUUUUCAUUGCCUGCUAUCCAGGUGUGCAUUGUCGUGCAGACGCCGGUUGCGU